AUGAUUAGCAUUAAGUCUAGCGGUUUAUACAGCCGAAUCCAAGUCUGCUGUGAUGGUUUCGAACGCAAUCCCCAUGUUUUCACAAAAUGCGACCCGAUAUGUGAACCUGGAUGCAUAAACGCCCGUUGUGUGGGACCUAACAAGUGCAAAUGCUACCCGGACCACGCUCAGGACUUGGCCGGCUUCUGCCAUCCGACCUGCCCCAUCGGUUGCCUCAACGGGGUCUGCUACGGGGACCGUUGCUCGUGCCACGAAGGAUAUGUACUGGACAACACAGGACGAAUGUGUGUCCCGAAAUGCAGCCAAGGAUGUGCUAAUGGAAAUUGCACAGCCCCCGAAACUUGCACCUGUAUCGCGGGUUUUGUUCGCAAUGAAGUCGGCCAAUGCGUCCCUCACUGCACCAACUGCCAUCACGGAGACUGCGUCGCCCCAGAGGAAUGCAGGUGUCACCAAGGGUACGCGAAGGAAGAACAUAUAUGCGAACCGCAAUGUCCCAGUGGGUGUGUAAACGGCUAUUGCGCGGCGCCCGAUGUAUGUGUCUGUAACCCUGGUAUGGAGUUGGACGCCACGGGUAAGAACUGCGUUGCAUUUUGCUCCCGCCCGUGCCUCAACGGCGAAUGCACCGGACCCGACACGUGCACCUGUAAACGGGGCUACACUAAGGACCCAUUGGACCCCACAGGAACGAAAUGCAUUGGUCAUUGUCCCAAUGGUUGCCCAAAUGGAGUAUGUUCUGGACCAAACUUCUGCAUCUGCAACGUUGGUUUCGUAAAGGAUCGCAGGGUGAAGGGAAGUCAGGUUUGCAUUAGAAGGCCAUAAACAAAAUAA